AUGAAUAAUAAUAUUGAAUAAAAGUCUUAAAUUUAAAUUCUCUAGUUUUUUGAGUAUUAAAAUUCAGUCCAAAAUGAGAUCGACAAAUCCAAGAAGAUCUUGUUAGCUUUGUUGGAUUAGAAAAAGAAAUAGUAUAAUGACAAGAUCCUUUAACAAAAAGAGAUUCAAAUGUAGCAAUAAAAAUAAAUUGAUUAAUACAAAAAAGUAGUGGAAGAACAGUAAUCGAAGUUAAAAUCUAAAGGAAAUAAAGAGACUGCUUAGAUUUAAAUUGGUUAACUGAUUUCAUACCAAUAAGAAUAAAACCAAAAGAUUGAGUCUCUAAUUGAAUAAUCAUGCAAUGAGAAUUCAAAUUAUAUUAAGUUAUAAGAGAAACUCAUUAAAUGUUAAAAUGAUAUCAAUCAACUAAAGGAGGAAAGAGAAAUGAAGGAGAAAUUGAUAAUAUAAUUAUAGCAAAUUACUGGAGUGUACUUAGAAUAUGACUAUCAUCAAAAGAUUCUUGACAUCCAGCUGGAAUACAAUUAGAAUGUACACAUUCAAAUCAAACUUGAAGAUAAAUUAAGAAGUAAAUAAUUUGAAAUCUACAAAAUAGUUCAUACCAUAAAUCCUAAGAAUGAACAUUUCUACUAAUUAAUCAAGGAAUUCAAUUAAGAUAAUUAAUUGGAUAAACUCAUAUAAAGGAUCUAGUUAUUUAAUUGA